ACCCCCUCCCAGGCGCGCGGGUGCGGGGGGAGGGCGGGAGGAGGGGCCGCGGAGGGCUGCGCCCCGCCCGGGGACAGUGGGGACAGCGCGCAGGACGCGCUCGCCAUGCAGAGCAGAGGCUCCGGGUGCUGAAGGCGCAGGGCCAGAGAGCCGGGAGCGCGUCCGCGUCCACGCAGCGCCGGCGCCAGCACCAGGGCUCCGCAUGCCAGGACGGCGGCCGUGGCAGCGAGACAUGCAACCGGCCCGGAAGCUCCUCAGCCUCCUCUUCCUCAUCCUGAUGGGCACCGAACUCACUCAAGUGUUGCCCACCAACCCUGAGGAGAGCUGGCAGGUGUACAGCUCUGCCCAAGACAGCGAGGGCAGGUGUAUCUGCACAGUGGUCGCCCCGCAGCAGACCAUGUGCUCACGGGACGCCCGCACGAAACAGCUCAGGCAGCUACUGGAGAAGGUGCAAAACAUGUCUCAGUCCAUAGAGGUCCUGGACAGGCGGACUCAGAGGGACUUGCAGUACGUGGAGAAGAUGGAGAACCAAAUGAAAGGGCUGGAGUCCAAGUUCAAACAGGUGGAGGAGAGCCAUAAGCAACACCUGGCCAGGCAGUUCAAGGCGAUAAAAGCGAAAAUGGAUGAACUUAGGCCUUUGAUACCUGUGUUGGAAGAGUACAAGGCCGAUGCCAAAUUGGUAUUGCAAUUUAAGGAGGAGGUCCAGAAUCUGACGUCAGUGCUUAACGAGCUGCAAGAGGAAAUUGGCGCCUAUGACUACGAUGAACUUCAGAGCAGAGUGUCCAAUCUUGAAGAAAGGCUCCGUGCAUGCAUGCAAAAACUAGCCUGUGGCAAGCUGACGGGCAUCAGCGACCCUGUGACUGUCAAGACCUCUGGCUCAAGGUUCGGGUCCUGGAUGACAGACCCUCUGGCUCCAGAAGGUGAUAACAGGGUUUGGUACAUGGACGGCUACCACAACAACCGCUUUGUCCGCGAGUACAAGUCCAUGACCGACUUCAUGACCACGGACAAUUUCACAUCCCACCGCCUCCCGCACCCCUGGUCUGGCACGGGACAGGUGGUGUACAACGGCUCCAUCUACUUCAAUAAGUUCCAGAGUCACAUCGUCAUCAGGUUUGACCUGAAGACGGAGACGAUCCUCAAGACGCGCAGCCUGGACUAUGCCGGCUACAACAACAUGUACCACUACGCCUGGGGCGGUCACUCGGACAUCGACCUCAUGGUGGACGAGAACGGGCUGUGGGCCGUCUACGCCACCAACCAGAAUGCCGGCAACAUCGUCAUCAGCAAGCUGGACCCCGUGUCCCUGCAGGUGCUGCAGACGUGGAACACAAGCUACCCCAAGCGCAGUGCCGGUGAGGCCUUCAUCAUCUGCGGGACGCUCUAUGUCACCAACGGCUACUCAGGAGGCACCAAGGUCCACUACGCCUACCAGACCAACGCCUCGACCUACGAGUACAUCGACAUCCCCUUCCAGAACAAGUACUCCCACAUCUCCAUGUUGGACUACAACCCCAAGGACCGCGCCCUGUACGCUUGGAACAACGGCCACCAGAUCCUGUACAACGUCACCCUCUUCCACGUCAUCCGGUCUGACGAGUUGUAGCCGUCUCCCGCCCGGGAGGCCGAGGGUCUGGGUCCUCACUCACACGGACAUUCCUGUGGAACGGCUGCCGAGAUAACCUAACGAUACUAAUCAUACUAAUUUUGGAAAAAGCAGCAGCAGCGUGGGCUCCGGCACCGUGUGGUGGUGGCGUUAUGUCCGUGCACCUCCGGUUCGAGUGAGAGGGCGACACACUUGGGAAGAGACCCCCCCACACACACACCCCCGCCCUGCCCCGUCUUUGCAGCUGGAACUGCAGUCCAGAGAUCCCUGGUCCCCCCACCAGCCCCCAGCCGCUCCGGCCCAGCCCCCAUUCUGGUCAAAUAACCUACAAAAGUAAGGCAACGACUGUUGGCCCGUUCUCGCCCGAGAACAACCACUGUUAGGUCGCAUGGACAUUCCCCUAGAUCGCGCUCAGCUCUGGUGGACGUGCCUGCUGUGUGUCAUCGAGGGCCCGCGGGCCGGCCGCGCUCGGCGUCCGCAGGGGCCACCAUAGGCUAGUGGGACUCAUCUCAUCACAGCUGCUGUCUCUCGACCGCGUGUUGUGUCUUAGCCGAGCUGCACUGAGGCUCCGCGUCCCCACGGACCCGUGUCUGGCGCCUGCUGGACGUGGCGUGCACGGCGGCAGCACCCACCUGUUUGAGCUCGCGUCCCCCGUAGAUAUACUGUGCCACGUCUGUCUGUCGUUUCCUUGAGGUGGUAGCUCUGUGUGUUCAGUUUAUGCAAUGAAUGUCGUAAAUGCCGUGCCGUAGUUUGGGGUUAAUACGUGGAUGGUUUUUGUUUCCAAAAAGACAAAAAAAAAAAAUUUUUUUUUCAGUGUUCACCCUUAGAAUGAGGUUAUCAAGUUCAUGUGGAUAAUAAAGGAAUUACUCUCUUCUUGUUAAAUUAUCUAAAUAAUGUAACUGCGGAUAGGAAGGGCUUAUCUAGGGAAACCGAGUUUCCGCUGAAAGAGGAACGAGCCCAAGGCAACAGCGCGCGGAAAGUACAAUCCUCAGUGAAAACGAGGGGAACUUUGUACCGUCCCGUUAUCUAAGGAACAAUAAAGAUAUUAGGAGAUGUCUUC